GUCAAGUAGAGACAGCUGUACACCUCCCGUUUGAGCUUUUGCUGCAUCACAAUUAUCGCCAGACGCAUACAAGUGCUCCUCCCUUAUCGCACCCCCUGAGAUUUCCGAUAUUCUCCUUUUUCCUCAAGGCCUGUGUCGCGUAUUGGGCUUAAGUUCAUGCGCACUGCUUGACAUCAUUUCCAGGCACCUUGUGGCCAAGACUCAUUCCCACGAAACAUUGUCUGUGCAUAACUAGACCCCAGCACGCGUUUUCCACCGACGUCGUUUCACCUUCUCGCAUCGCACUUUUGCUAUUUGACUGUCCACCCUUUUAACUCGUUCUUAUCAUCCGCUCAUCUUAUCGUCCUUAGCGUAAUCAGUUGACUGAUAAAUCAAACAACGCCCCAUAUCUCUCCGCUUGAUUCCCUCUCCUAAUUUCACUAAUCUUUCACUUGUGGUACUUGCCACAUUAAUUUUAUCUUAGCUGAACCUUCGACAACGCCGUCUUCACCUUGUCUUACUUGCCUACACUUUUUCGCCCUUUGUGAUUACUUCAACACACCCGUUUUCGACUCCUCGCCAUGUCACCUCGAACCCCUUCAUAUGACGAGAAGCAUGAUGAUAUCGACAAGGCCGAGUCUGAAUCCUUGCCUUCUUCUCUCCCUAUGGGUGUAAACUCCACCACUGUCCCCGGGGGUAUCUCCUUCGCAGACGAAAAGCGACCUAUCAGCCAAAUAGGCGGACUUGAAAUCAAGCGUGAACUCACUCUCAGACGAGAACUGACCAAGGACGAAAAAGAAUUGGCCAAUGCCGGUUACGAACAACUUGAAGCUAAAAAGAAAGCCAAGGCCCUGGAGAGUCGUCCAGCCGAUAUAACGGAACACAGUCUUACGCCAGCUCAAGUCGCAGAAGCUCACGGCACAUCGAUCAACCUUGCAAAUCCUAGCGCCUCCGGAGGUAUCUCGGCGGCUGAAGCUCAAGGUCGUUUGGCCCGUGAUGGCCUGAAUCAACUAACCCCUCCAAAGAAGAAGAGUGCCCUUCGAAAGUAUUUCGACUCAUUGCUCUCAUUGUUCAACGUCUUGUUAAUUUUGGCUGGGGUCUUGGAAUACGUACUUUUGGCAAUUGAUUUUGAGAACAACAAAGCAAAUGAAUAUCUGGGUGCCAUCUUGAUCGCUGUGGCUUUCUUGAAUGCAUUCAUCGAAUGGUUCCAAGGACAAAAGGCAGAUGCCAUCUUGGCCUCUUUCUUAUCUAUGAUGCCACCAUCCUGCAAAGUGGUUCGCGGAGGUGAAAUCAGCUCAAUUCCCGCUCAAGAGUUGGUCAAGGGUGACAUUGUGUUUGUCAAGAUGGGUGACAAAGUUCCGGCAGACUUGGUCUUGUUUGCCGCCACCGAAGUCAAAGUCGACAACUCAAGUUUGACAGGAGAAUCUGAACCUCAAGAAAGGCAGUUGUGUCCCGAAGGAGACCCCGUCCGUGCAGUCGAAGCUCGCAAUCUAUUAUUCAACUCAACGCUGGUAGUUUCCGGGGAAGGCUUCGGAAUUGUCGUUCGCACUGGCGAUCACACAUUUAUCGGGCAAAUCGCAGGGCUGACUGGAGGAGAGGGCGACAACAAGAGUCCAUUGGCUAUGGAAAUCGACGACUUUGUUAAAAUCAUCUCAUGCAUUGCGAUAUUCACUGCCAUCCUGUUCUUCGUUGUCGGUAUCAGUACAACCUACAAGGGCAAAGCGGCCGCCACGGUCACUUUUGCUGUGUCUGUCCUGGUAGCCUGGGUACCUGAAGGCUUACCUGCUACUGUGACACUCUUACUCUCGAUUGCGGCAAAACGUAUGGCAAAGGCAAAUGUGUUGGUCAAAGAUUUACAGGGUGUGGAGACACUUGGCGCGUUGACUAUGUUGGCGACCGAUAAAACUGGGACUCUAACAAGGAACGCUAUGACUGUAACCGCUAUGUGGACUAACCUCAAGAUGCUCAGCGCAUUCGAAAGCCACAACGACGAUGCUGAAGUCAAAACUUUCACAAAGCAUGAUGUCGGAGUGCCCGAGAUCCUGGAGAUAUGUACCCUUUGCUCCAAGGUCAAAUUCGACAAAACCGAUAUCCCAUUCGAGCGCCGUGAAAUUCUUGGUGACGCCACCGAGACCGGUCUGACCCGUUUUGCGGGGAAGAACCUUGAGUAUGAUCUUGUCAGAGAGAAGCAUCCAGAAGUGUUUUCGAUCCCUUUCAACAGCACUGCUAAAUGGGCACUCGUUGUCGUGAAGAAGCCGCAUGAUUCUGGUGAUUUGACGUUAUAUCUCAAAGGAGCACCCGAACGUGUUCUUGCCCGUUGCUCUCAUGUUUUAGUCAAUGGUCAAACCGUUCUACUGACCGACGAUGUGAAAAAGCAAUAUGACGAGGCAUACCAAUACAUGGCAUCCCGAGGGCACCGAGUCAUCGCGUGCGCGCAGAUGUUAUUACCUCGAGAUGGCUUCCCAGAAGACUUCGCCUUUAGCAAAAAGGAUGAUAAUUGUCCAACGGAAAAUUUAUGCUUCGUCGGUCUGAUUUCUCUCGAGGAUCCCCCUAAGCACGGUGUUCGGGAAGCAGUCGGUAAACUCCGGUCCGCAGGUAUCAAAGUAGUUAUGGUCACUGGUGAUCACCCCCUAACUGCUGAGGCCAUCGCACGAAAGAUCAAUUUAGUGAUCGGGCAUACGAAGGAGUCGCUGUCUAAAGCCUCAGGGAUCCCAAUCGCAGACAUUCACGAGGACGAGGUCGACGCAGUUGUUGUCCACGGUGACCAAAUUGACAAUCUACAGGGCUGGGAAUGGGAUACUAUCCUGAACAAGAAUGAGAUUGUAUUUGCCCGAACCUCACCGAAACACAAGCUAGAGAUCGUGAAGCGAGCUCAAGCUCUUGGUCACAUUGUUGGUGUCACUGGUGAUGGUGUCAACGACUCUCCUGCCUUGAAAAAAGCUGACUUGGGUAUCGCUAUGAAUAUCAGCGGUAGUGACGUAUCGAAAGAGGCAGCCAACAUGAUCUUGCUGGAUGACAAUUUUGCAAGUGUGGUCGAUGGCGUUCGAGAAGGUCGCCUGAUCUUCACCAACUUGAAGCGCAGUAUUCAAUAUACCGUCACCCAUUCGGUCCCCGAGGUAAUCCCUCAGUUGCUCUACGUGAUUGUGCCUAUCCCGCUUCCACUCUCUGCUAUCUUGAUUUUGGUUAUCGACUUGGGAUUCGAACUUUUCGCUGCCCUCUCCUUUGCUUGGGACCGUCCGGAAUCCGAGGAAGCUUUGAUGACUACUAUGCCGCGGAAACCUGUUACUUCCCGUACAAUUAUGUCCCUCAAGAAGAAGGCCUUGAGACGCACGAAGACUAGCCAAGUCAUAGAUUCUGAGACCGGAGAACCUCGAGUCCAAUCGAAAAUGGGUAGUAAACUCUCUGGUGCGCUUGACAACAUCAAAAAGCCCUUUUCGAAGUGGUGGUGGGACGACUUGUUUGAGAAAUCGGAUGGUGAAUCCUUGGUAGAUGCGUCGCUGCUCAGCUAUUCCUACCUACAGGUCGGAAUGAUUGAAACAAUUGGAUGCAUGGUCACUUACUUCGUGGUCUUUCAGUGGAAUCAUUUCACCCCUCGCGACUUACAGCGUGCUCAGAAAGCUGGGGUUUACUUCGCAGAUAACUCCCCGCCCUAUACUAACGUCAACGGUCGAGUAUUGACUAGCGAACAACAGACUGAGGCGCUUGCUCAAGCACAAGGCAUGUUUUAUAUGUCGAUUUUCUUGAUGCAAUGCUUCAACAUGUUUGCUGUCAAAGCCAGAUUGAAAUUUCCAUUCGGAAAAGCAGUAGUCGGCAAUAAAUGGAAUUUUGCUGGUGCGAUUGCCGGUGCUUUCCUCGCAGUUUUGAUCAUCUACGUUCCUCCUUUCAGAACGGUCUUUGGAGCAAGUUACAAAACCUUGCCCUUGUUCUGGCUGAUACCGAUUGCUUUUGGGUUCGUAAUUCUUGCCUGGGCAAGUGGGAGAGUCCUUGUGAUUCGCCGUGGCUUGAUGGGAGCCACAGUUAAACCACCUACUGGUUUGAUGAUGCAUCCUACCAAGCGCACUAUGUCAAUGCAUUCAACCUCUAGAAAGUAGAUGAACGCUGGGCGUCAAGCUCUCCCCAUCGAUCUCAUUCCUUACAACGCAUUUCUACAUCUUCGAUUUACACUUCUUGGUCCCUUUUCGGCCGCACCUGUAUCACUGCUUCCUUCUUAGUAUCAUAUGUCAAACACAAAUGGUAGCGCUGUGCCAGUAUGAGUUACCAAGCUGGGGAUCAGUAGUUCAGGAGUUUAAUUUGCUUGUUGUUUUUAGUUUGCGGUAUAUGUUCUCAAGUCCUGUUGGUCUGGGUUUUGUUUUUCUUGUUUGAUCCGGUGUUUUCAGAUUUAGUUAGUUUGUAUGUAACCUUUCUACACUCUGAUUGUGUAUACCCGCGAUGGAACUUCACAGUUGGUUUCAAAGUGAUGCAGGAGUGUCCAAGUCCAGACGCUUGGUCAACUGCUUACCGUGACUCUUCCUUGUUGGUACGGCUGGCCGAAUACUUGGGAAACUAUAUAUAUAUAUGAUGCCUGAUAAUAUUUUU